AACGCAGCGCCUUAGACCGCUCGGCCAUCCUGAUUAGAUCCGCACGAGGAAUAGAAAAACGUUUUGUCUUAAAUUAAUACUAUGUACAUUUCCUAAGUCCACAGCCUGCUGUAGUGUCAGACUAAGAGUCCCACACAGCGUCGACUGUAGCCCGCAGUUCGACUCAAGUCCCUCCCACAGGAAACAUAUGACCGAGCCAGCUUCAGGUUUCACGAGAGAGGAGGCGGUGAGAAACAAACAAACCGUGGAAACCCCAGAACCAGCGAGCUGUCUCUUACAACACUGUACCAUGAGGUGGUCUUCUCUCCUCCUGCUCUCCUUCCUCUCUGGUGUGAUGGUGGUUCGGGGGGGUUCGGACUUUAGAGUCUGUGCCUUCAACCUCCAUCACUUUGGGGAUUCCAAGUCCAAGAAGAGCACUGUCAUGCACACUCUUACCAGGAUCAUCGCUCGCUGUGAUGUGUGUUUGCUUCAGGAAGUGAGAGAUAGUAAAGAGAACGCUUUACCAAAGCUGCUUACACGCCUCAACAGCUAUGACACCGAACAUAAGUACGAUGCUGUGGCCAGUGAGAGGCUGGGCAGAUCUGAAUCAUACCAGGAGCAGUACGUGUUCGUUUACAGGACUGAUACAGUGAGUCUUACUGACCAGUAUCAGUAUCCCGAUGAUCGACCAGGAGAUGUUGAUGCUUUCUCCAGAGAACCUUUUGUUGUCCGCUUCAAAGCCCCCAAGACAGCUAUAAAGGAGUUUGUCCUCAUACCCCAGCACACCAGUCCAGUCAACACCACUAAGGAGCUUGAUGCACUGUAUGAUGUCUUACAACAUGUGAAAAAGAUGUGGAAAACUGAGAAUGUGAUGCUUCUCGGUGACUUCAACGCUGACUGUGGCUACCUCGCUAAGAAGAACAGGAAGAAUGUGCGUCUGAUUACAGACACAGAUCUCGUUUGGCUCAUCAAAGAUAAAACUGACACCACCGUGCGAUCGACCACCUCCUGCACCUACGACAGGAUCGUUGUGCAUGGGGCAGCAUUUACCAGAGAAAUUGUGCCUCUUUCCGCCAAACCAUAUAACUUCCAAACAGAGUACAGACUCACAGAGGAGCAGGCGCUGGAGGUCAGUGAUCACUACCCAGUGGAAGUUCUGCUCAAGGUCGUCAAGUCAAGAUUCCCUUUCAAUGAUUCAACUUCUCUAACCAGCACAAAGUUCCUCUCUUUGUUUGUCCUCAGCCAUCUUGUCUCUCAAGUGUUCACAUGAUAACUGAACAAUAUACCCUGUGCAGCUUUGUUUUUGAGGACAAUCUCAGGUCAAUGCAUUCACACCAAACCACUCAACAACGCAACGCA